AUGGCUGAUUCCAAGAAGCCUCUUUCCAAGGAGCCUCCAUCCAAGGAGCCUCCCUCAAAGGAGUGUCCAACUACAGACUGGCAUCGGGAGACGAUGCGAACCAAGUACCACGAUCCGGUGAAGCUGAAGGACACCCUGAACAAGAUGUUCGGCGAGAAAAAUUACAAAGUUAUUAACAAUCGAUACAUCCUCAUGCUCUCCAGACCGCCCAGACAGGGAGAAAUGGAAAAGCUUGAAAAAGAAGCCAGGGAGCACUAUAACGAAUAG